AAUAAUUCUAUGUCAUAUUUUUCCAACAGUUGCAACCAGCAAGUCUUGUCCUCACAAACAAACGUCUUGGACAGGAAAUGUGGCCUGAGUCAUCUACGUCUCCAAUAUUGUUUUAAAGGAUCAAAUAUGAGUGAUGGAAAGAGUAAGAAUGGGACCUAUAUCGGCUGACUGAGUGAAAUGGAUUAGUCCAGCCAGCCAUCACUGACUGAGUCUCAGAGCAGAUACCCAAAAUUGCAAAGCUCCAUCUUCCCUCAACCAAUCGAACCCAGAAAAUCAAUCAAAAUGACUAUGUCGUGUGUGGUACUAAUCAUUUUUGCUUUCUUUGUAAUAAUAUUGACAUGGUCUAUUCACUUAGAUGACCAAUGCCCCAUUCCAUCAGAAGAACAGUGCGGAACGAUAUUCAACAAACCUUCAUUCGAUUCAAUUGGAGUCGUACAGGAGUCAUGUGUAAAUCCCAGUUUCGAAGUAAUAUGUGAAAACAACAAAUCGGUAAUUUACUUCAACUAUGGUGAACGUCACAUAGACGCCAUCCUAGUUUCUAAUACAUCAUCUUCCUCUUUCCGUUACAUAAUGACCGGAGUCGGCCAUAAUAAUAACUGCCUUAACAUCAAUUCAAUUUCUCUUCCGUACGAAAACGUCUCAUUCUUUUCCGAUUAUAGUUUGAGAUACAUGGUGGAUCCUUAUGUUCUUAAGUUUAUAUUGGUUAUGAGAUGCGAAAAACCGGUAGAUAAUCACUACUAUUGGAAUAUUUCUUCAGAGACGUGUGGUGGUGGAAUUGAUGGUGAGGAAAAGCAAUACUACUAUUUAUAUGUUGGGUACGUAAUAUUCGAGUUGAGUUACAUAGCAGAGUCAUGCAGAAUAGAGACGAAGGUAAUGAUAAGUGAUUGGGAUGAAAAGGUGAUAUGUAAUGAUACGAGUAAGUGUGAGUAUCCAGAGAAGGUUCACACUGAGUAUCUCAACGGAAUUGAGCUUCGUUGGCGACCAACAAGCUGUGGGAAGCAGCAACACAGAGACAGUAAAGGAAAAAGGAAACCAGAAUUGCCACUUCUCUGCAUUCUCACCACCACACUCUUCGGUUUCACCCUACUCUCGCUGCCCCCGUGGAUUGUUGGAAAAUUUGUUCUUGGAUCACCCUUUGUGGUUGUGUUCUUGAUAUUGAAAUGGAGAAAAAAGCAUCAGUCCAUAUAUGACACAGUUGAAGAUUUUAUCCUAAGUCACAACAAUUUCAUGCCCAUUAGAUACUCUUACUCCCAAAUCAGAACAAUGACUAAAUGUUUCGAGAUUAAGUUGGGCGAAGGAGGCUAUGGUUCUGUCUAUGAAGGAGAGCUUCGAAGCAAACGCAAAGUAGCUGUUAAGGUAUUGACUAAGUCUCAAACCAACGGACAAGACUUCAUCAACGAAGUUGCGACAAUUGGAAGAAUUCGCCAUGUCAAUGUGGUGCAGCUAAUCGGAUUUUGUGCCGAAAGAACAAAGCAAGCUCUGAUAUAUGAGUUCAUGCCUAAUGGUUCUCUUGAUAAACACACAUUUUCACAAGAGCAGGGAAACUCAUCCACGUUAAGCUACGAUAAAAUCUAUGACAUUUCUCUUGGGAUUGCUCGUGGAAUUCAAUACUUACAUCAAGGCUGCGAAAUGCAAAUCAUACAUUUUGAUAUAAAACCACAUAACAUUCUUCUUGAUGAGAAUUUCAAUCCGAAGUUAUCUGACUUUGGUUUGGCAAAGUUGUACCGAAUAGAUCAAAGCAUUUUGACAUUAACAGCUGCAAGAGGAACAAUGGGGUACAUGGCUCCUGAGUUGCUGUACAAGAACAUUGGAAACCUCUCUCACAAAGCUGAUGUUUAUAGUUUUGGAAUGAUGCUAAUGGAAAUGGCAGGAAGAAAAAAGAACAAAAAUUAUAUAGAGAAUUGUUGGCAAGACUAUUUUGCUAAAUGGAUUUAUGAUCAAUUUGAGGAAACAAUAGAUACAAACAAUGGCACAGAGGAGGAAAAGAAAAUUGCAAUGAAGAUGAUUGUGAUUGCGAUGAAAUGCAUACAAAUGAAACCAGAUGAUCGUCCCUCAAUGAAUGAUGUGAUAGAAAUGCUCGAAGGAGAUGAAGUGCCUCAACACCUUCCACCUGGUCCUGAAUCUCUCUUAACCUGGCAAAGGAUGUCAGCAGAUGCAAAUGAAUUUGAUGAUAACUAGCAUUCAUGGUGAGAUACAUGUGGAGUGGAAGUUCAAUCAGCAUGAGAAUAAUGAAACUAAUGCUAUUGGCAAGAGAGAAUUUAGAUAACUAUAAAUAAAUAAAUAAUUGAAGGUUGGAAACUUCCUUACAUUUAUUUAUUAUGGAAAGAAAUUUGCUGAUAAAAUGGGUUGAGAAUUUAUGUGUGAAAUUACUACUAGUUGUAGUUGGUUAAUAGCUAACAAAGUCGCUUUGUGUUAGAAAUAGUACUUUUUAUGUUAUUUUAUCUGUAUUGUAUUAUUUCUUAUUUUUCAUGAAAGUACAAGUUAUGUGAAUAAAUACAUGGUAUUGGCCA